AAGUAUUGAAACCUGAAACUGUGAUGCGUUUAUUUUCUUUCAUGCAGAGGACUUGUCUACACUCCCAGAGAGAAAAAGAUUUCCAUCUAUGAUGAUGACAGAUUUUACAGGAGAGCAUACGUGGUUACAAAUACAGCAUGAACUCAGCCUGAGGAAACUCAUAGAGGGUUCAGAGUAUCAAGAGGAUUUGAAAUAUGACUUCAAUAUAAAAGGGGAACUGAGGCAUCUGGAUACAAACGAGUCCUUUGCUUUCAAUUAUUACAAGAGUGGAUUUGAGCAGAAUCAUAAACGCUAUGAGGUGCUGGGACAUUUUAUUACCCAGUAUGUUUAUGAGCUCCUGGAAAGGGUCUGCACGCUACAGAAGGUUUAUAUUCCUACUGAUGCUACAGAGGAUGAACCAAGAAGUUUCUUUUUCAUGAGUAAGAAUGCACUAACAAGUUCCUCUAGCCUCAUUAUCCUUCUUCAAGACCGUGGAGUUUUCCGUGCUGGACAGUGGGGGCAAAAGACAAUUGUCAGUGAGGGCCUGAGCCAUGGAACACAAAUACCGUUCAUCAAAAUGGCCCUUCAGAGCUGCUGGGAAGUGAUUGUACUGAAUCCCAAUGACAACUUCACGGACCUGAAGACUGAAAAGCAGCACUUUUCUAUCAGGGAAGAAGCAGUUACUUUUACACAGUCUGUCUGGUGGAUCCCCAAGAGGGGCAGCAGCAGCCCCGAGGAGCACACCAUGUACGUGUGGGAUCACUUCAUUUCAAAGAGUGCAGCCAAGAACGUGGCCUUCAUUGCCCAUGGCUACGGUGGGUUGGUGUUUGUUGAUUUGCUGGUGCAGAGAAAAUGCGAGGUGAUGAAUAAAGUGUUCUCUGUGGCCUUCAUUGACUCUGUGCACAACACACAGCACCAGACCAGGAACAAUCCACAGAUACAGGAAUGGAUACUGAAAUGGUGCCGCGAGUGGGUGUCAAACAGUAAACCUCUAAAUAAGACUGUGGACUUUCUCUUGAGAACAAAUUGUCCCACUGUCUCUGCUGGAACGGAAAAGUGUGGUUUAGCACCCUCCUGCUGUCUCCAUGCCAUCUUUAAGUACUUGAAGAGCUCCCUGAAAGCUAAGACCGUAACAGCUUUUAGGCAGUCCCCAGUUGAAACCAGAAGCAGCACAAGGAAGAAGAGAGCCAGUAAAUAAAGGCACACUGGUUUGUUCUUGAUAGUGAUAGUCCUUUCAUAACUGCCUCUACACCUUUCAAUCAUCUAAGAACCUUCAUCUCACUGUGGAGCAACUUAAGAGUUCUAAGUUUGAAGUUAAUUUGUUUGGUUUUGAUAAAAACUCCACAAAAGUUAACUAUAAGGAAAGAAAUGCGUUAUUGAAAGCUUUAAGGCACAAC